UGACAUUUUUAGCGUCAGUUCUAUUUUAAACGUUCACUGUCACAGUUCGGUUGUUUUGUUCAGUAAAGUAGCCAAAUCGAGAGAAAAAUGAUGUCGGAACUUAUUGGAGAUUUCCCACGCCAAUUUAUUUCCUUAUCUGUGUUAAUAAUGGUGAUCUUCAUGUUUAAUAUGAAUGCUGCUGACGAUACAACACCGACACCGAACAAAAAGCUUGAAGUGAAGGUUUACUAUGAAACUCUUUGUCCCGAUAGCAUACGAUUUAUUAGGAAUCAACUUUUGCCUGUGAUGACUGAAAAAAAUCGCUUAAAUUUUACUGAUCUAAAAUUUGUUCCAUUUGGUCAUGUUGUGUCUUACAAAGAUCGAAAUACCAAUGAAACAGUAAUGCGUUGUCAACAUGGUCGAAAUGAAUGUGAACUUAAUGCCCAACAUGCAUGUGUGAUUGAGAAUAAUAGCGAGCGAGAGGCUUUUGAUAUGGUUACUUGUAUGAUGAGUGGAUAUAACAAAAAAUUGAAUAAGUGUGCAACAAAAUUUGGAAUUAACGUGGAUGCAGCUAAGAGUUGUAAAGAAUCCAAAUCAACAGAGAAUAUUUUGGAGAAAUAUGGCGUAGAUACUUAUUCGGUGAAUCCAUCAUUUAUUCCAACCAUUACAAUAGAUGGGAUUUUCAAUUGGAAUGAACAGGAUGAAAUAUUACAGGAUCUUGAUGCUGUAUUUUGUCGCAGAUAUGAAAACAAAUAUAACGUUAAACUAGAUGGAUGCUAUUAAUAGUAACAAAUAUAACGACAUGUUG